GAUACACACGAUAACUUCGUUGCAUGGCUUUUCGUGCAACCUCAUCGAUCUCGCAAUCUCUUCUCUCUACGCCUCAAACCCUAACCCUAACAGAGAGAAAGAGCCUAACCCUAGCUCUGGUGUGGUAGUUCCUCUUUCUCACCUUCUCCUUCAGAUUCUUCAGAGCUUUUCCAGGCACGCAAGAUGAAGGGCUUGUUCAAACCCAAGCCGAGGACGCCGACCGAGAUCGUCCGCCAGACCCGUGACCUCCUUGUCUACUUCAACCUUGGCUCCAAUUCACGUGAGAUUUCCGCGUCGAAACGGGAGGAGAAGAUGGCAGAAUUAUGUAAACUCAUCCGGGAGUUAAAGGCUAUUCUAUAUGGCAAUAGCGAAUCAGAGCCAGUCGCAGAAGCUUGUGUGCAGUUGGCUCAGGAGUUCUUCAGAGAGGACACACUACGUCUUCUAAUCAUUUGUCUCCCGAAAUUGAACUUGGAGGCCCGCAAAGAUGCAACUCAAGUUGUUGCCAAUUUGCAAAGGCAACAGGUUCAUUCCCGAUUGAUUGCUUCUGAUUACCUGGAAGCAAACAAAGAUCUUAUGGAUCAUUUGGUAUCCGGGUAUGAAAAUAUGGACAUGGCGUUACAUUAUGGUUCAAUGUUGAGGGAAUGCAUCCGUCAUCAGAGCAUAGCCAGGUAUGUCUUGGAGUCUGAGCACAUGAAGAAGUUUUUCGAUUAUAUACAGCUGCCGAACUUUGACAUUGCAUCAGAUGCCUCUGCAACUUUUAAGGAGCUUUUGACAAGGCAUAAAUCAACGGUAGCUGAAUUUCUUACAAACAAUUAUGACUGGUUUUUUGCAGAAUUUAACUCGAGACUGCUAGAGUCUAGCAACUACAUCACCAGACGUCAAGCUGUCAAGCUUUUGCGUGACAUGCUACUGGAUCGUUCCAAUUCUGAUGUCAUGGCGCGGUAUGCGAGCUCAAAAGAUAACUUGAGGAUCCUAAUGAAUCUUCUGCGGGAAUCGAGCAAGAACAUCCAAAUCGAUGCAUUUUAUUUGUUCAAGGGGCUAUUUGCAGGUAACGAGAACAACCAGCCUGAGAUUGUCAGCAUACUCAUUGCAAACAGGAGCAAGCUUCUUCGUUUCCUCAGCGACUUCAAGCUUGAUAAAGAGGACGAGCAGUUUGAGGCCGAUAAAGCUUUGGUUGUUAGUCAAAUUUCAGCCAUGGAACCCAGGGACAAUCCAUGAGUGGGGCUAUGCCGAUAUGUGGUUUCUUCUAUGUUUAUUUGUAAAUUUCAUGAGUUAUUUCUAAACCAGCAGCCAUUCCAAAGAUCUGUGGUAAUGAUCUGACGAUCAACACAGAUGAAAUGGCGCGACAGAUUGGGUCUGUCUCAUAACUUUAUUUGUAUGGUAGAUAAAUUCCAGGUAGAUUAUGGUUUUUCA